CCUGCCUUAUCCAGCCAGCUAUAGACCACUUGAAAACUACGUGAGGAUAUUCAGGUAUGCCUCCGGAGCAGUGUUAGCAUGGGGUUCUUUCCACAUCAUGUUACCACCAAAGGACUAUGGAAACUGAAGUCCUUGCAGAGUUUGGAUCUGUCAGUCAACAGGAUAUUGGAAAUUGGCUCUGAUUUUUGUAACUCUCUGCCACUGGAGAACCUCAAUUUAAAGAAAAACAAGAUAUUCAGAAUUCACCCAGAAGCCUUCGUGGACCUCAGAAAAUUACAGGGAAUAAGGAAGCAUAUCUGGAGAAUCCCACAAAUGCACGUACACUUUUCCACCCAGGCAGAGGCACACACUGGUACUGAUGCCAUGGAGGUUCAGGGACAGCUACCAAGAGGGCUCAAAAACAUCCAAGACCCGCAAGCCACAGGCAGGAGUGAUGAUGAACCCCAAGACCUCACCCUGGCUAUCUGCCUGUCAGUAUUCAUCACGUUCAUUGUGGCUUUCUGUGUGGGGGCUUUCACAAGGCCUUAUGUUGACAAAAUGUGGCUGAGAUACCGGGACAGAAGGAACAGAAGCCAUGGCUCAGAUAAUGCCUACGCAAACGAGGGCUUCUAUGAUGGAGUCGAAGUGACAGGGAGCACGCAGCACCCAGGCAUGGAUCUGCGUCAAGCUUCUCAACAUCCAGACCUCUAUGAGAACCAGGACCCUUACCUGGAACCAGAGCCAAACCCCUACGCCACUGUCAUUCCUGAUAGAAAUUCAGGAAGCAGCAGAAAGAAGCUUGGCAGUCAGCAGAGCUCAGAACAACUCAGGGACAACCAGAGAGCAAGAAGUAAAAAUGACAGCACUCUUCCAAAUGGUAGUGCAGCUCGUUCUGCUCCCUAUAGACAUCCAAAUGCUCAUAAUAAUAAACCAAGUUCAGCAGGACAGGACCACAUAUAUAGUAAUGAUAUUCUCGAGGAAUUCGAUUAUGAAACUGUGGCCCCAGAAUAUUCUCUCAGUGAGCAUUCUACGGGCAUCUCUUCUGCAGAUGGCACAUUACAAACUGUCUCUACUGUUUCUGGCUCAACCCAUAAUGAUAUGAAUGAAUUAGACCCAUCACUCUCAAAAGAAAUGACAGCUUCCAUCCCCCAAAUGCUCACACAUACAAACACACUGAGGGCUCAAGAGAAUAAGGAAUUAGGGGGUCUUAAACAGUCACCUUCGGAAACUCUGGGCCCACAGAUGGAAUUAUCUAAGGGAAUACAAGUAAACCAUUCCACAAGCUUUAGGGGGGCACAGCAGCCAGCACUCCUGGGGGCUGGUGCUGAGGGAGAGCUGCCAGCCUUCGGCAGUGCAGUCACAUGCAGUGAUGCAGGACACCUGAACCCAUCAGCCCUUCUGCCAAGAUUGGGGAGUGGCCUCAGGGCCAUUCCCAAAGGGCCAACACAGAAAGAUGCCCCUUCUCAACUUCAGUUCGAUAUGGAGAAAGACUACGAUUCUGAUGAGGGGUCUUUGUUUACUCUCAGUUCAGAGGAUUCAGAGGGUACAAGGGAUGGGACUGGGGAAGAAAUACCUGAUGAAGAGGAGAGCUGUGGGGCCACCAAGCCCCUACAGGGCGAGAGCUUCAUGGUAUAUAAGGACAAUGUGAUGCCAGUAGAAAGUCUUGAGGACAAUAUCCCCUGCCAGAAGAUUUUGAGGAAAUACAAAACUCAGGAAGAUCAUUUUGAAAAACCUGUCAUUUCUUACCCAGACUCUGGUUUGUUUAAGAGUCAUCUGGAAAGUUCCUAUAAUACCAAUGAACCUGAGAAUUCAUUAACCUGGCCCAGAUCCCUGGGCCAUGGUCCUUCAAGUGAUGAGAUUCCAGGCAUGUUAAUUUAUGACAUGGUUUCUCAGUAUGAGCCAGUGCAAUGGCUUUACUCACUUCAAGAUCUAGAAUUUUCAAAUGUGGACACUUUAACACCAACAUCACCACAUCCUGCUGAAGUUACUUCAGAUCCUGGGAAGAGUGCCUGCCAUGAAAGAGACUAAGGCAUUUGUAGAUGCAAGUCUGGCAUUCGGGGAAUAGAGCCCAAAAAGGUCCUCCUUUCAAGGUCACUACAGGGGAAAACUUAAGACCCUGACAACAAGAUUCUCAAAGGGACAACCUGGAUCCCAACCAGAUGGGCACUGAUCCAAACAGAGGUUUGUGUGUCCACUCAGGGACCAUGAUUCUAGAAAGGCUAUAACUCAACAUGGUGAUGAGCCAGCUCUUCCAUAUGAAAAAAGGUUGGGGAGAAUAUUUUGGAGAUGGAGCUAAAACCAAGCAUUGACUUUACAAAGUAAAUAAAUAAAUAAAUAUAUCCAGUUCAUUAAGAACACAGAGCAGUUCAGUGAUGGAGUCUGGGUAAAUAUCCAGGGGAGAAUCCCUUGCAUUUAGAAAAAGACAAUUCUAACUACCAUGCUUAAAUGCAGACCCAGAGCAAUCUGAUGGGAGCUGGCUCUCUAUGUGAAGAAUGACUCCACUGUAACAAAGACAAGGACGUUCACCUUGAUAAAAGGGAACUCAAGUAACAGUCUUAGUACAUAUUGAAGCACUUUCAUAGAAAUGCUGGACAUUUUUAAAUGAAUACUGCAAAAAGACUAGCACAAUUGUUUGGGUAAUCAUGAAACUGAAAAAUUGGAUGGGUUCAGAGCAAUUCUAAAUUAUUUUUAAUAUGUUAAAAGAGAA